ACCCAAGCGCCUGUCCGAUUGCAGCGGCUUCUCUUCGUUGCCUAGACCAGAAGAAAGCCGGGACGUAACGGAGCCGGGGGGGUUCUGCUUGCUGGAGGCCCGUUAAACCACUGAUUUAAAAAAACAAAAAACCCAACCACACAGCUUCUUCGCAGUUUCUUCGUCGCUCAAGAGACGUUUGUGACCUACCUUGACCCUACGUCUUUUUUCCACCUUAGAACUAAUUUCUCAAACAUGUCCUGGCAAAGCUACGUGGACAACCUGAUGGCUGAUGGCAGCUGCCAGGACGCGGCCAUUGUUGGGUACACGGACGCCAAAUACGUCUGGGCAUCGUAUGCCGGCGGUACCUUUGCCAACAUAACGCCUGAAGAAAUCGAUGUGUUAAUAGGAAAGGACCGGGAGGGAUUCUUCACCAGUGGGAUGACCUUAGGCAAUAAAAAGUGCUCCGUAAUCAGAGACAGCCUCCAAAUUGACAGCGACUGGACAAUGGACAUCCGGACAAAGAGUCAAGGAGGAGAGCCAACAUACAACAUUACUGUAGGCAGAGCCAGCAAAGCAUUGGUUUUUGUCAUGGGGAAGGAAGGUGUCCAUGGAGGGCAGCUCAACAAGAAAGCAUUUCAGAUGGCUGAGUACCUGAGGAAGUCCGGAUACUAAAGCAGCCUGUACCCAGCCACCUAGCAGCUCACCCUUCCACCCUGUUGCAUUCACACUACUUCCAGUCCUAGUUGGUAGUUACUUUUGUUUUUUUUCUUUUUCUGCCUUCUCUCCUCUCUCUCUCCCCCCCUCCCCCAUUUAUUAUCCCAUAUUUUGUUGUCAUAUCCCCCCCUAACCCGUCCUCUUCCCUCAACACACUUGCGCUGUGUACUCUUACCCCCUUAAGCACUAUAAGUUGAUCCAUAGCAAAGAUGAGCAUGUUGCUAACAGGAUGUCAUGACAAAUCUGUACUUAACAAAGACCAGCAAAUAAAUUUCUGGCCGAACACCGGGACAAUGAAGGCUAUAGCGUCAAUUUGAAGUAGAUAUUUCUUUCUUUUUUCUCUGUCGUAGUGCCCAUUACUUAAAUCCCCCCAUCAAAAAACCCAAUCAUUUACACUCCCUCCCUGAGCAGCCGAUGCCUUUGGAGCACUUGAGCGGUAACCAAGCUCGUCAUGUCUUCCUCUUCCAUUUCCCCCAUCAUGUCCUGGAGGACAGACUGUGUGCAUAUCUCGGUCCACUGUCGUUUCCCCUCUCGCUCCCACCACUACCCCCCUCCAGACUCUCCUCUGCCAAAAUUUUCAGUUCCUCCCCUUUCCCCCAUUUCUCCAUCCUGUUUGCUCAAAGCAGGCGACACUACAAACCUCACAGGACAUCUUCAUCAAACAGUACACACCACCCAACCAAGUCCCCUCAACUCCCCUUUUUUUCAGAUUCACUGCUCUGUCCUAACUACAUUUUAUAAAAAAAGGGUGGUAGUGUGUGGGGGGGGGAUGCUUGGAUCAGCUCAGUUAACGAUCAUGAGCCGGAUUUCGGAGUGUUGGUGUCAUCCAGAUGCUGGUAGCCUCUCCUCCCAUCAUCACAACCUCCCAGACUACACGAAAACCCAUGGACAUUCCACAGUAACAAUGGCUCAGGCACUUAAUACUGUUUUUGUUUGCCAGCUCCUGUAAUAUAUUUUUUUUAUUUUGUUUUUUGAAAGGCUGCCAUUUUUGGACAGUAGAAAUCCCAGCAUAUAACCAUCUGGAGUGUGUCCAGUUUUUUUUUUUUUUUUUUUUUUCUUUUAUUUUUCCUUUUUAUAGGACCAAGUGUAGUCUAAGCUCGGGUGUUUAUACAAUUGCUCUAAAUCAUGUGACGGAUGACUGCUAACUUUUUUCUGAUGAAGGAAACACUAACCAGACAGUAACACUUACUUUGGUUGAAAAAAAAAUGAUGCUACAGGGGAGGUAAGGGUGGGAGUAUCUGAAGAAAUUCUCCCUUUUUUUUUUUUUUCUUGUUUAGAAAAAAAAACGACUGCAUUUGUACAAACCCAUGCUGUGUUGACAACUACAAAACUGUGGAAUAAAUUGCCUUUUACUCUAGUCAGCUGAGCUCUGGGGUAUCACACGGUCUGUCCACGCUCAGUACUGCUAAAUGUAACGUCCAACUGAAAAAUAAAAAAAAAAAAUCUUUCAAAAGUAGAAAUGACACUCAAUGGGAGAUGGGAUUGGUUGGAACGAAGACGCUUAUGGUUGUCUUGUCGAAACGUAACUACAGAACCUGUGUAUCCUGUGCCAUAAUAUAGAGAUCUGUUGCUGUUGUAAGAUGGAUUUUACCCACUGUCCACUAAGGAGUCAUUUCAUUGGCACUUUUUUUUUUUCUUUAAGCUUCAGCUCCACUGUUUAGGCCUUGUGGGAUAUGUGUACUCAUAUAAAAAAAAACCUGUUUCAAGUCCUGUUGCUGAUUUAUGUUCAUUUCCUUUUCCUCACCACUUUUUUUUCUUACAUCUGGGAUACAGUCUCUUUAAUGCAUCUGAUUUCAUAUGCAUAAAACCAAGAAAUGCCAUAAAUUGAUUUAUCACCUUGUUUACAGACAGAUCAAAUAAAUUUAUUCCAACCAGAUAA